AUGAUGGAUAUGAAGAUGAACGGAGGUGGUAUUCCCUGGUUGGAUCAGCCAGUGUUGCUUCACUCGUCUCGUGCAGAUAAGUGCAAGCUAUCGCCGGCGCAGUGUGCCUAUCGAAACAGCCAUUGGCGCUAUUGGUACGAAGCUGACCAUGUGUAUGCGCUUGCCACGGUCUACUUUUGCUGUGCCAUUAUCGGUGUCUUCGCCCUCUCCAAUUUCCUCGCUAGAUACUCUCCGGAAUGGGUCAAGAGAACCCGGGUAUGGCGUGCGACUACUUCGGUAUCCCGAUACCUGGCUUAUCGCGGGUAUGGAUUCCCGAUGAUGCGAUACUGGACCCCCUCCUUAGGAGUGUUGUUGUUGGGUAUUGCGGGGGUGGGCUUCUUCCUCGGAAUGACACUUGGCCCGCAGCCCUAUUACUGGCCGACUGAUGCAAAUUAUGGAAGUAGUCCUCCUAUUGCUACACGAGCAGGGUGGAUGGCCCUUGCACUACUACCAUUUGUGCUCGCUCUGAGUGUCAAAGCGAACAUGAUAUCUGCUCUGACUGGUAUUCCCCAUGAGAAGUUACAAGUCUUCCAUCACUGGACUAGUUACGCCAUGUUUGCCCUAGCGCUUGUUCACACGUUCCCAUUCAUCAUUUACCAUGAGUGGAAAGGUGAUAUGGUAAAGCAAUGGAAGACUAGUGUAGUAUACUGGACUGGAGUUGUCACUAUUAUUGCACAGGCUUAUCUAACUCUGAUGUCUCUGCCAUUUAUCCGCAAUCGCUUCUAUGAGUUCUUCAAAGCCACGCAUUUGCUCGCGGCUGUUGUAUUUGUCGUAUUCUUCUUCCUCCACUGCGAUUUCCGUCUUUCUUCAUGGGACUACUUUAUUGCCGCAGGUGCCAUUUAUCUGUUGUGUCUAUUCACCUCUCACGCCCGCACUUACCUGAUCAACGGCCUCCACACAGCGACCCUCGAAAUGCUACCAAGUGGUCUUGUUCGCGUCUCAGUCCCAACAGUCAUGAACUGGACACCGGGUCAGCAUGUAUUUGUGCGAUUCUUGACAUCGGACUUCCACCUAUUCACCGCUCACCCAUUUACCAUUUCAUCUGUCUGUCGAGAACCCGACAAGACAGGACAAGCCUCUGAAAUUAUCUUUUACAUUAAGCCACGCGGAGGUGUGACUGGCCGACUAGCAGCCAUAGCCGCUAAGAGCCCCGGCUGCUCAAAGAAGAUUCUAAUCGAAGGACCUUACGGGGGCGUCAGCGCACAGCACAUGUCCCGUUUUGAUACCCUUUUAGUGAUUGCGGGUGGUUCUGGGGGUGGAUUCUCUCUCGCAAUGGUCGACGAAGCAUUACGUCUUUCUGCACUAGAAUCAAAAGAGAACAACUCUGGACACGAAGGUCGACGUAAUUUGCAGGUUGUUUUCUCAACUCGCGACACCGCCAUGGCAGACUGGUACGCCGCAGAGAUUGAAUCACGACUUUCCCAUUCUACAACUCUUUCUUCAGACCCAGAUAACGGAUACGAGACAGCCGUUUCAGUGCAUAUCACAUCCCGCGUUAACUCGGCUUCUUCUUCGCCAUCCAUUGGCUUUGAGAAAGACGCCGACAAGCUUACCCCAACUGAAAUUACCACAACGGGGUCAUUCAGCCUCAAUGUCCACCGAAAUGCUCGUCCAGAUAUCCCUGGUCUCAUUGCGCGUACUGUGGCUAUGGGAAAUACUCAGGGCCAGCACGUCGGGCGGAAGCAAAGAAUCGGAGUCCUGGUCUGUGGACCUGCUUCUAUGCUCCAUGAUACACGCAACGCGGCAGCUCUGGCUCAGACCCGAGCUCUAGGAGGCGAGGUUGAGGAGCUGUACCUUCACUCGGAGCCUUUUGCGUGGUAA